UCGAUUCCUUGAUUCGUUCACCACAAAGCACUUUGCUAAAUUGUUUGCUAAAGGAAAAGGGCAAAUGGGGGGAAAGUUCAAUAAUUAAUGCAGUUCGUACCAUACAGUUGAGUAAUAUGAUUGUCACAAUUUGCAAUGAGCAUUUGUGGCAUAAUUUAUCACCAGGACAGAUGGCCACCAGUGCAGUGGCGCAAGUGAGCCGUAGUACACUCGUACACUUACAGCCACCGUUGCUGUGUUAGAGCAUGAUGGUUCGGUACGGUUUGAGAGCGCUUUACUACUUUCAUUCGAUUCUUGGACUUGUCCCGUACGAACUCAACAGCCAAAAUGGACUGCGGCGCAGCAAAUGCAAACGGCGAUGGACGCUCACGAUCGGAUGUACUACGGUGGUUUUGGUUUGCUUCAGCUUCUGUGCCGUUUGGCUGCAGGAUACCUUAUCUUUCGCUACCUUUGUCGAUGCCCUGCUGAUUCGUUCGCUGGUGCUGGUGGAGUUUACCAUCCGCUACGGUACCGUGGUCCUGUGCUUCUAUCAGCUACUCAGACACGAGGUUAGCUUGCACCGCUACGUGCAACGGUUCGUCGUGAUCGGCAAGAGUGUCGUCGUGCGGUGCAACAGUCGAUCGUACGCCAGUGUACAGCGCAUGGUGUACGCCCUUGUGGCCAAGAUGCUCAUUGCAGACGUUGGCCUGUGCACACUGUUCGCGAUGAAUAGUGGAAUUAAAGGCCACGAAACUAGUGCACACGUGUAUCGCACCGUUAACAUCUACGUCGUUAUGAUGAGCUCACAGUUCACGAACCUGCUGCUGCUGAUGCUUCUGUUUGGGUCCUACGUUUAUGGGCAAAUUAACAAACAGUUAGAUCAAACCGUCCACCGGUUAGCUAGUUUCGAGACGCAACAAUCGUACUGGAGUAGAAGAAGGGUCAGAGUGCAGCAGAUUUGCUGUGACGCUAGCGACACGAUUGAUCGUCUCUGUACACUUCAUCAGGAGCUAACCGAGAUCGUUCGGUCAAUUGUUUCGAUAUUUCAGCUUCCAGUUAUGCUCAUGAAUCUAAACCAAUUCAUUGUAAUCGUCUCGAGGAUAUACUUCGUAUACAUCUUAGGUGCGCAAGUGAACCAUCGUAGUGAUUACAUGUCCUACCAUCGCUUUUUCAACUCUAUCCUGUACAUUUGUUUCGAAGCGGUUCAAUGUUUCUUGCUCGCGUUAGGAUCAUCCGUAAUAGCACAAGAGGCUCGUAGACCCGGUACUACAAUGAACGUAUUUGUCAACGCUUGGCUAGACACACGCACGGAGCGCAGCAUCGAGCUGUUCACACUUGCCGUAUUGGCCACCGAUGCCAGAAUCAAGAUCGGUGGCAUGUACGUACUUAAUAUGGCGUUCGUCUUCUCGCUGGCCACAACAGUAAACAUGUAUCUGAUCGUAUUGGUACAGUUCCAGCUGAAUAUCGAUUAGUUGCGCCCUUUCUGAAACUCUUAGUAAAUAAAGGAUUCUAAUUCUCAGUGCAAAUUGUGCGAAUUGAUCCCUCCUAACUGCUCACAUUAGCCCCACCGAAUGUACUGAUCCUCUAAGCAUGCACCAAGAUACUCGCUUACUACUGUGCUACUCCUGAAACACAAGCAACUGAUAGUAAUUGACACUGGAACAACCUACAAAACGAACAUGGCAUUAAUCAUGCAAAACUCUUCCCGUAUGAUGAGUUUUAUUAAUUAUCCGAGGUCCAUUUUCAAUCAACUUAAUCACUCUCGAACUCAAUGCGAUAGCGCUGCUGCCGACCGUGCCUCAUCCAUGCU